UUCGAAAAACAACUGUCCGCCGAGGGAAAGCACAGAAGAAGGAACGCUCGCACACACUGCGUGGCUACGCAUCGGCGGCAACCCUUCUUCUUCAUCGCAUUGCGAGCUAUGGACAGGAGGACACUCACCACGCCGCGGUAUCGAGCGGCGAGCUAAAAACGACGGGGGAUAGACGGCUACAGGCACGAAGAGGAAGCCACGGAGGCCGCCGUUCUCUGGGCUGCUGCGGUGAAGGCUUUCGAUCUGGUGGCACCGUGGUGCGCCAGGCAGUUCAGUGUGUGUGUGUGUGUGUGUGUGCGUGUGUACGCGUGUGACGCAGUCGGUGGUUUCCCCUCCGCUGUAAGUGAGACGAGAAGGAAAAGACGUCAAAAACUCGCGGGUCCUGUCAAACGAACCGGGGGCUGCCACGGUUGUGCUGUGUGGUGCGACCUCGUGCGUGUUCCGUGUCUGGGAAGGGAGCCAGCGCAUGGCUUGCUGCGCUGUGGAAAACCAGCCACACGCGGACAGAAUGAGCGACCCGGCCCGUUUUUCGUGCCGCUGAAGAGAACGACACGCCCGCCACGUCUUCAGCUGCGUUGUUGCAACCCCCCCCCCCCCUCCACUUGUUUCUCUGGGACCCAAACGCCGUUCUCAUGUUUCUUCGCUGCAGUACGAGUGGCAACCGCCUGGAAAUUCUGGGUCGGUCGCAGCAGCUACAAGGCGUGCCACGCCACGAAGCUCAACCCUGGCCCGGCGGGCUCGCGGAGAAAGCCACGACGGAGCCUCCAGCCUUGAGCUUUUGCUCGCCGAAUAUGUCGCCUGCUGCGCUGUUCUCUUACGUUGACGAGCCACCGGCCCUGACAUUUUCGUCCUUUGACCCGAUGAUGGACAUCAAGGCCGAGGUUCACCGGUGGAACCCCGAGGUACACCGGAGCCCCGUGCUGGGACCCGGUCCCGGCAGCGGUCCCGUGCCCAUGAUGACUCCAGCCGCCCUGAGCCACUCUGGUCCCGAGUGCGCGGGCUGCCAGAAGCCCAUACGCGAGCGAUUCCUGCUCAAGGCGCUGGACCAGCUGUGGCACGAGGACUGCCUCAAGUGCGCCUGUUGCGACUGCCGCCUCGGAGAGGUCGGCUCAACGCUCUUCACCAAGGCCAACCUCAUACUCUGCAAGAGGGACUACCUCAGGUUAUUCGGCACCACCGGACUGUGCUCUGCAUGCAGCAAAGCUAUCCCAGCAUUCGAGAUGGUCAUGAGGGCCAGGGGAAACGUGUACCACCUCGAGUGCUUCGCCUGCCAGCAAUGCAACCACAGGUUCUGCGUUGGUGAUCGCUUCUACUUGCACGACAACCGCAUUCUCUGCGAGUACGAUUACGAGGAGCGGGCCCUGAUGGCUGGGGUGCCGCCGCCUUUCUACGCCACGGGUCCCGGAGGCGCUGGCGGAGGUCCCGGAGGCUUAGCGGCGGCGCUCAGCCACCAGCAGGCCAACAACCCGCUCCCGGUAAAGCGUCCGGGUCAGCAACAGCAGCAGCAGCAGCAACAGGCGCCACAGCAGGCGGUCAUGUCUCAGCCGCAGCCCCCAUCGCAGCAGCAGCAGCAACAGCAACAGCAGCCGCCUCAGCCACCUCAGCAACAGCCUCAUUCCGUCGACGAGCCGACCAGGGACGACCGGUCGAGCGGUUACGGCAGCGGGGACUCUCCCUACGACGGCCGGUAGCUAUGGCGAGCCCCAGCGCCGACCAUGAUCUGCGCUGCGCGCCCUUUUGUCGGCAACGGCGCGACAAAGAAACGCAAGACCAAGAGGUAGACCCUUGCCCCGAAUGGCAAGGGGCUCGGCUAUGCCACGGGAAGUGCCAUCGAUGACCUGAACAGUGGAGAAGAAAACGUGCUGCUCUGGAGCCGCGUCUGACCAUUGUGUGGGUCUCGUUGUGCGAGCGACUUGGCACAGGGACAUCGGAUGUCCAUGCGUGCGCUUCACUGUGGGACGAGGCGAGAACGUGUGACUCGAGGAUCGUGCUGUGGUUCUUCGUUGAUAGGACGACAGGACGACAGUGUAAUAUAAAAAAGAAGGCGAAGUGCGGUUCAUUUUAUGACGGAUUUGCGAAAGUUACAGCUUAUCCUGAUUCGCGCUGCGGCGUGUUCAAUUUGGCCUUUUCUGUGCUUUCCAUUUGGGUGUCGCUGAAGAGUGGUUUAUUUCAUGCUGACAAAGUCAUAUUAAGAUGUUAAUUUAUACCGGCGUGACACGGACACUUUUGAUCGCGAUCAGGGCCGAUCCGGAUGGAACUUCUUGACCGGGAUCAACAAGUUAGUCUUUGCUGCACGUCAACCUAAUCCGAAUCGAGUUUGACGCAGACGUCAGCCAAAUUGCGAUCACUGAGCCAGAUCACGAUGCGCAGAUCGCGAUCGGCUUGAUCUCGAUCUGGCCUGAUCGCGAUUAAAAGUGACCGCGUAGCAUCGCCUGAUACGGAUCGAGCCUAAUCCAGAUCGGCCCUGAUCGCGAUCAAAAGUGCCCGUACGACGCCAGUAUUAGACAUACUUUAUCUUUCAUGUGGUAUUAUCUGUACUUCACAUGUGUUUCGGGGUUGUAGUGCGGCUUUCAGGAUGUAAGGUAGCGGAGCAAUUGAAUGUACAUUUCAUUCUUUCUUUUUUGAUCAUACAAAACUCAACGGCUACCAGCUUUUCCUUUCUUUCUUUUUUCGUGCGUUAACCUUGCAAUCUCCGGGUAAAAUGACACGCUUUGAAACCGCUUAUUCUAGCAUAUCCAUUAGCGGCCCCACCCCUGUCUUGGUGUGCUGAAGAGGUUGAUUUCGCAUUGCCGUUGCUUUCAAAGAUAGCUUUUGCCUUUAGCUUUCUACCGAGUGACAAGUACUUAAUUGUCGGCUGUCUACCGAGUGACAACCUUAAGUACUUAAGUUUGUAAACAUGGAAGCACUACAAACCGCUGCUCUAUGAACCACAUCGUUUCACACGGUCCCGGAACAUAAUUGAUCCCUUGACGCAUCGCUUCACGAGUGAGCCCGAUUUGUGAUGAAUCCCUCCUCACAUCUGUGACCUAUCGUCGACGCCUGUCUGCUGUUAAGCAACUGCUGGACCUGUCUCGUGUUGUGUGACGAGUACAACGCGCAGCCUGUUCUUAGCAAGUCAGGCCAUCACUUCUGGAAUCCACGACGCGCCUGCUUCGGACUUUCUAUGUGUCGGCAGCCACUUUUCGUGGGUGACCUAGACGCUGUACUGGACAAAUCGUCACAGGCCUACACUAGAGAAGGCCGAUCCAGGGACACUCGUCUGGCUCUGUGUGGGGCAUCGUGUUGUCGUCCAGAGUGCAAAAAUGGCAUUUCUUGUUAUUAUCUUUUUUUUCUGUGUGUUCCUCGCAAAGAGCAGCUCGUCUAUUUAUCUUGUUUCGCGAGUUCUAGUACAAGCAAAACCAAAUCGCGCGCAAUGAGAGAAUUAUUGCUAUGCCGAAGCAUAUGAUCGCGUAAAGCAGGGUGUGAUUGGGACCCUUUUUCUUUUUUUUUUUUCCACACCCUAGUAAGUUCUUUACUCGUCAAAAAAGGGGAUAGCGUUGCUUAUUUAUUCAACAUUUGUUUUCCCUGCAUUCACAAUGCUGAAGUUUCAAAGGGCAUUAUAUGUUUAUAGCGAGUCGAAGAGGUGAACGCCUGCGGGGCACCCUGUCACUCGACACAUUAUCACGUGUUGGCACCGCCGACAGAUGCGCGGGUGAAGAUCGCUUUCACGAAAGCUACUUUUCCUCCCUGAAUCGCCCGCGUUUUAGGUGCGUUCUCAGGAGCUGUGUAGUUACGGUUUCUUUACGCUGCCCGCUUUCCGCACCCUGUAACGAAGGGAUAAACAAAAAGAAAUGGGUGCCUUGCGAGAAGUGUCUUGUACAUAUUGUUCGUUAUGACUAUGGAAGUUCUUUCCUUUGUAGGCCGGACUGUCCCAUUUCCCGCAAAUUGUUCCUGGUGUGUCCGCGAUGGGUGACUGCCGGCUGUGCUUGUGUGCGCCCGCGCGUGUGUUUGUGCGUGUGUGUGCGUGUGUGUGUCGAUGCGACGGCGUGCGGCCGCAGAUAGGAUGAAGUCAGAUGCAACUACGCAAACUGGUCACGGCUAUGCCGAGCGAAUGAACGCGCAAUUUGCGGCUGCAUUACCGCCAGUAACCUCGAAGAAAUCAACACACCAAAGAAAUGUCACUGAUAAAUGUCGUGCGAUAACGGUCAGAUGAUGGAGUAUCUUGAGUUUUCGCUCUGAUGGCGUGUAUUCUCACGCUUUGAACUAGACGCUGAGAGCAACGGAGGAGACGAGCCUUGUUCGGAGAUUUUCAAGCCCGAAAGCGUUACUUCUGUUUACAUUUUACUUAUGGCAGAUCAGAAUUUCCUGAGUCACUUAUUUACCUUUUAUUUUUCUUUUGUGGGAACCGUUGCUUUCAGUGGUCACGAGCGCUAAAAAGAGAACAGUAGUAUUUUCGGGUCGUUUCGGUGCUCUUUAGGAAACGCUGACCACCGUACGGACAAACGUGCAAUAAUCUCAAGUCAAGCAGUUACUAGUCAAGAUGUAUUUCUAACCAUUACGCACUCUCUGCAAACGCUAUACAAAUUAAGUCAAACGCUCCAAAAUUUUCCUUGUCUUGCAUAGAACCCGGUAAAUCCGAAGGGUCAUAUGGUUAUCGAACACAAGAGUGUCGACGUUAUUGGAACUUGACUAUAUACACUUUCUCAAGUGAAAAACAAAUAUCAAAUUUUUUGCUCGACACACACCUGCAUACUGACAGACAAUUCAUUAUGAGCGCUGUGGGGAAUAUAUGAUAAGAACCUUCUAUGCUACGAUCCUUAAUUAAGAAUGCCGCGACUCAUUUGGUACGUUUAUUUUCUUGUAAUAUGAACCCGGGUGAAGUGCACGACACGGGCAGCAACAAUUCCAAUCAGAAAACUGCAAGCAGCAGAAGUACAGGGGAGGGGGGAGGGGGUAAUGUGCAAGUGCUUUAAUCUUCAUGACGGCCAACUGUUUUGAAUGGGUUGUUCACGUGAAAUCUCUAUAGUUCAUCCACCUACCCAUUGUUGUGUUGUGCUUGGAUCAGUGCACGCGGGAAUCCAUUUCACAGCGUUCAGAGUGCUGUCUGUUUCCCUCCAAAGUGCAGUGAUUGACCAUGUUUGCUCUUUUUUUGAAUAUAAUAUAACGCUAUACUUCCCA